AUGACUCGGUUUUCCCAUCACCUAAAACGGGACUCUGCUCCACCUUCAUUUGCCGUUCUGCGUCGUCGUGGGUUUGCGAAAAAUGGACAGGAUAUGGGGUCUAUCGACAACUCUGAAAGUGUCUUGAACCGUCUGGCUUCUUAUGCCUAUACCAAACCAGCCACCAGAACCGCCACGAGGGUGAAUCAGGCACUACAGCCCAAAAGGGAGGACGAUGAAGAAGAGCAGAGGCUCCAGGGUUCGCCUACAGACACCAAGGGCACUGUCACCCCAAGAGAGCCCAACCUAGACGAUAUCCCUUCUCCUGGCGGCAACUCUUCCCUUCAUACGCCUCUGAAGAGCGAGAACGGAACUCCGGAUGGAACGUCGUCCCCAGCUACCACUGUCCCCGGGCAGGACUCGGACGAACCACGAGCCAGGCUGAAGCGCUCCUUACCGUCCGAAGACAAGAAAUCCAGGGAAUCAAGCAGAUCCAGGGGGUCUUCACCCAAGAAACCAAAGCGAGGCUACGCUGACCCGUCUGUUUACGCACACCUUCGACCGGUCAAUGACAAUCUCAAGCCAGACCUUGACAUAAUCUUCUGCGGAAUAAAGUAUCCGCGACACUUGGCCACCAUUUCGCCGGGCCAACAAAUCAUUUCUGGAGUUGUCUUCAUGAGUCCGCCACACUCAACUCACCAAAUCCGCUCCUCAGGUCUCACCUCAACACGAAUGAAACCCCAAGAAGACUUUACCCUCCCCGACCGUCACAGCAUCGGACUAACCAACCUCGUAGGGCGCCCAACAGCCGAAGCAUCCGAACUCUCCAAAGCCGAAAGCCUAGCCUGCGUCGCCCCCUUCUUCGUCAAGAUGCACAAGUACCGACCUAAAAUCGUUUGUUUUGUCGGCCUUUCGAUUGCUGAGACUGUUAGUUCAUACGUGGCCAAGAACUUCCUUGACCCAGGCCUUCAGAAAAAGGGCAAAGCAAAAGUCAAAGCAGGCCCCGGACUCCUUUCCUUCAAGUUGACAUAUGAGUCCGAAGGGGACAAAUCACGUUCCGAAACCCUCUUCUACGCCGUAUCAAGCACCUCAGGUCGAGUCGUGAAAUACAAGAAAUCCGACAAAGUACAACAAUUCAAAGGCCUAAACGACCUCCUUCUAGAAUUGAAAGAGUCUAGAUUCGAUUCGACUGGUUUACACAGUGUUCCAGCAUCACGGUUCACAACAGUAUAA